CCUUGGUCAAGACCGAGAGACAUUGAUCACGAUGGUUCUGUAUCCUUCAAUUUAAUUCUCUCGUAAAUAGAAAAAGGGAAGAAAUUACAUGAAAGAAACGGAUAUCACGGAACAAAAUUCAGAUGGCAGAAGAAUGGUUGACAACGGGCGCGAAACGUGACAACGGGACAACGUCGAUCUCAGUCGCGAGACAAUAAUGAUUAUAAAAUUAGUGAUGUACCGAGCAAAGUGUCCAAAAGUCCCCGAAGCAUACCAAAUACAAAAUCGUGAUCCCUCGGUUCUCUUCUCGGUUCCUCGCGGCGAAUCUGAAUCUCUGUGUCUCGGUUGGGGCGUCGGUCCCUAGCCUUGGACGUCUCUGAAAUUGUCACAAGAACAGAACGAAUAUUCUAAUCCUGCUUUUAACACUCUGGUUCUUGGACUUGUCCGAUGUCCUCGAGAAGCCUCAAAUGAGAAGGAGAGUUCACUUGGGCUAGUCACGAACGUAUUUUCCCUGUCGGUUCUGUUUUCGAGCGCACGAUCAGGCGCUGGUUCCGCGAGUCCUCAUCAUCGCUGCGGCUCUCUAUCAGACGACCGAUUCGUUUCACCACGAGGAGCACGAAAGGAGACACAACGACGCACUGGCGGUGUGUUAGAGCUCGCGCGAUGCCGACGCCGCGGGCUUUCGCGCGUUGCGUCCACCGAGGAGAGGAAAUCGGCGGCUCGGGAAACGGUCGCGCGGUGUCCGACCGCGAAUGAUUACGGGGAAAAAGAGACCGGACGACAGGGUUCAAGGGUCGCCGGACAGCCGACGACGAUACUUUCUGACCGCCGCGCUUCGUCCCGCUGAACUUGGCACGCGGCGAUCGACCACGACCACGAAUUGUAUCUUCAUCGAUAAACCAACGAUCCAAGGCUACAGCUGGACGACAUUUUCGCGAGUACACCUCUCUUUCUCACUUACUCGCUCACUCUCUCUUUCUCUCGCUAUUGCGACGCAAUAUUUUUCGACCGGUUUUUGGUGGGUUUUCCUGUUAUCGAACAUGUUUGUCUCGCAGGCAAAUGCCGAUGUUUGUUUUCAACCUUUUCCUUUAUUUGAGGAAGUGGGGAAUUUUGUUUUAGAUUCUUUAAACGUAGUUUUCGAUGAAUUUGAAAUGGACUAAAUAAAAUGUCUUUGGAUCUAUUUUCUUCCGUUUCUUUGCUAUUGUUUUAUUAUUGUGUGUCAUUGUGAGAGAUUCUUGUAGAAAAUAGGGAGUUUGGGAGAUAAUAUUUUCUUGCAAUGUAUAUAUUUUUUGAGUGGUAGUUUUUCUUUGACAUGAAACGGUUUUCAGAUUUAUUUGUAGACGAAAGACUUUUUAAUAAGAAUACUUCAUUUCUUGUGCAAUAUUAUUUCGCAUUUUCGAUUUAUUCGUUUCGCCUACGACUGGACGCGCUACGCUCAACAUUAUUUCCCGUCUAUUUAUCGUUCUUCCGUUACACGUUGCAUUAAGCCUGACUCCUAUUUCCACGGCAUUUCCAUUCAAAUUUCUUUCACCAGUAAUUUUCCAUUGAUGUCCAGCCUCUUUGUUCCUAUUUAAAUAAUUCUAGACAACAUCGAACUAGUUUUUAUCUCCCUCGCACUCGUUAUCUGUGGGUACCGUUAAGAGUGACCUCAACUUUUUAUAUAAUAUUCUCCUCGAUACCGCAAUCUUAAGUGUUGCUCCCGAGAAAUUGGGCAUCGGAUUAGUUUCAUUAAUAUUUCGGCUCGAUACGAACGCUUCGGAAUUUCUAAUCUUUUCAAUAACUUCUUCUUAAAUUUCUAUUACUUCUUUACAGACGUGCUACAUUCCCUUUAUCUCCACCUGAAAGCGAAAAUUCUCUCAUUUUUUCCUUCCUCCAGUUUACCUGCACAAUUUGGAGACUGCUCCAUUCGUUGUCGAAAGGUUGAAAAUUCUUCUGAAAGCUCUUCACGCAGAAUUCCUUUCGGAAAUUCUAUCUUCCGUCCGCUUCCUCACACCCUCGAAAUUGUUCGUCCAGCUUCCUCGUUCAUCGGGGGUCGUAAAUAUUCCGUUGCUCACGGCCAAUCCUGUUCAAUUCCAACGCGGAUAAUGUUUUGAACCAGGUCUCCUACGUCACCUUAGCUGAUUCGAGUUGUCAUAUUCUCGAGUUUCUUGGCCGCCCGCGGACAUUAUCGCGAUGAGGAAGGACGCCACGCGACGGUAUCGUUUCUACGCACUCCGCGGUGACGUCUUUCGCGUAGACGUGUUGUAACAGGCUACGAUGUAAGUACACAACCGCCGCGUUCGAUGUGUAAGCGUUAUGUAAUACAUGUACCGCGUACUAUUACGUUGUAGAAUACGCGUAAAAACGUGUAAAAUAAGCGAUUAGACGAGGCCGACAUUUCCAUUCGAAACUACUCGCGCGGUGAUAUCGAAGUACACUUUCGAUCGGGUGCAACACAGCUCGAUCGUUGCACAUGAAGUCACCGAUGGCGACGACACACUUGAUGGUAGCACGCUGAUCACUGAAAUUUUUGUUAUCCGACAACGGAUGGGGGCUGAACUUUCAAUUAGAAAUGUAGAUGUCAUACGAACGCGAAAGAGGAAUAAUGGUUCAAUCGAGAGGAAAGUAAAAUCCUGCCGUCAUCCUGGCGCGUGGCAAACCAGGCCAAAGGCCUGGAUCCUCGUCCUCCUCGUCCUCAUCCACGGAGAGGCUACAAAGGAUGCCAGGGCCGGCUCAAGAGAGGCCCCGGGCGCAACGGCUCACCGACAUCGAGCCGCAGGCUGCAAAAGGAUUAGGAUGUAAUCGAACAGAUGACUUCAGCACGCCAGUCAGCUCAGGCAGCAACAUGGGCAGUAUUGCACGGUUCCCGAAAUUGGACGAAUGUGCCCACUUUCAUUACGAGCACGUCGAGCUCAGUUCCUUGGAGGUUUCACUCAGCGAAGGUACCAAUGAUUCCGACAGCUACGUGGUUAGAGUUACAUCUGGAGAUGCAUGCUGGACCCUGCAACGAUCUUAUGAUAAUUUUGUUAUGUUCGACAAACAACUGCACCGCUGCAUAUUCGACAGGAAGUUCUCUUCCUUGACCAAGCUUCCAGACACUCGGUCGAAAAACACCUGUGAUAUACUGAAGGACUAUCUGAAUCGGUUCUCCCAGUUGAAUCAUGAAGGCCUAAAUUGCGGUCCUGUGUUGAAUUGGUUGCAACUAGAUAAUAGAGGAAGAAGAAUCCUCGUCCCGGAGUCAGAUUCAUGUCCUAUUAACACGCCUGCGGUAGCCGCAGCUUAUGCAGUUAGACCGUACGUGGCUCAAGCACCAGAUGAAAUCUCUUUCCAGGUUGGAGACAUGAUAUCUGUAAUAGACAUGCCUCCCCCGGGAGAAAGUACAUGGUGGCGCGGAAAGCAUGGCUUUGCAGUCGGUUUUUUCCCAGCAGAAUGUGUGGCCGUGAUAGGAGAUAAAGUUCCGCGACACCUGACCGUGUCGACGACAGUCAGGUCGAAGUUACCUGUGAAACCGGUGUUUAGGAAACAUGGGAAACUGAUCGCCUUCUUCAGAUCGUUCAUACUGAAUAGACCCUCUAGGAGGCGGUUAAAGCAGUCAGGAAUCUUGAAGGAACGUGUAUUUGGUUGUGACUUAGGAGAACAUCUAUUAAAUUCGGGUCACGAUGUGCCCACCGUUUUAACAUGUUGCACUGAAUUCAUCGAGAAGCAUGGGUUGGUUGAUGGUAUAUAUCGUCUAAGCGGCGUGACAUCGAACAUUCAAAGAUUACGAAACGCGUUCGACGAGGAUCGUGUUCCUGCAUUGCAUUCCGAUGAAAGUAUUCUACAAGACAUCCACUCGGUGGCGUCUUUAUUGAAAAUGUACUUCAGAGAGCUACCGAAUCCACUCUGUACAUACCAGCUUUAUUCUACUUUCGUUAGCGCGGUUCAGGCUAAUACCGACGCGGAAAGGUUAAGGCGGAUGAGGGAUACCGUUAGAAAAUUACCACCACCUCAUUACAGAACUUUAGAAUAUCUCAUGCGCCAUCUGGUGCGAGUCGCAGCCCGUGGCACGGAGACCGGCAUGACGCCCCGAAACAUCGCCAUAGUAUGGGCUCCGAACCUGUUGAGGUGCAAGGAACUAGAAGUCGGCGGUGUGGCGGCGUUGCAGGGGGUCGGUGUGCAGGCGGUUGUUACGGAAUUCUUAGUUUGUUACGCGGAAUUAAUUUUCGGCGACGGUCCGGUCGGCCGACCUAAAUCGUUGGCGAUUACGACACCAGCGAGAUUGUUAAGUCUGGAGGAGGCUCGAAACAGAAGUCUGAGAGGAGAGCCGGAUUACAUAGAGGUGGGCGCUGGGCCAGCUGGAAUGUCAUUACAGUAUCACACUGUCAUAGAGCUGCCGCGAAAGAGAAACGGCUCGAAGCGUUCGCCAUCGUUGAACUGGAGAGCUUUGUUUGGUAGGGGUGGUCCGGGUGCCAGGGGAAAACCGAGGCAAGUUGGCACGCCACCUCAAACAGAAACGGUGCCAAGUUCCUUAAACUCGUUGCGACGGUUAAGACCGGUGAAAAGCGCCGACAGUUUAGACGGCGAGGACAGCCUGGGUCCUCUGCUCGGACCCCCGCCGGCUAGACCCUGUGGGCACAGUCGUUCGGUUUCCCAUGACUCGUACUUCGAUCAUCUGGCGGACGCGCCUAAUCCAACCUCACCCCUGGACUUGUCGGAGAUACAGCUUAACUUUGAUUUGGAAGAACGCGAGAUGAGGAUGUUCUCCGAGGAGGAAAGUGGAGGUGUUGCUUCAGUCGAGGCAUCUCCGAGGCGACAGAGAAUGGAAGGGACCCAGAACACUGCUAACACCGGUGGAUCCAAGAGAAAACGAUCGAGAUUAGAAGAAAGACUGCAAUGCGACGUCGAGUUGCGCUUCAUUGAUAGCCAAAGUCCUGAUCAGGUGAUGGUGUCUGCAGACGUGCACAGUAUGGACACCCCAUCCCCUUUACCUACUCCAGGGUACCUUCCACUGUUGUCUGAAGCAUCAACGCCGCUCACCCCCGCGACGUUACACGGCACACCGCACUCCGCAUCACCCAUCCCAGCCAACAGUCCUAGGAUAAGUUUCCGAAGCUUCACCUUACCAUUAGAAAUUGACGACGAGCAGAGGAACACGAACAAGCUGAACAGAACUAGCGUGUCUUCCGAUAAAUCAUCCGACCCUAGUCAUAGGUUAUCCGUAAACUUAGAAGGGCAGAGUAACGCGAAGUCCUGCGAGAGGAUAAUUAUGUACGAGAAGCGCGCGGACUUGUACGACGACAAAGAGUCUUCCAAGGCUCAAAAGAAUUCGAAGGUGUCAAAUUUAGCAGUGUCGGAUGUAGACCAAGAGAUGACACCUUGUGAUAGGCUAAUGUCCCACUCUAGCAACAUAGAAUCGAACAAAACAACGCUUGCUUCUAAGAACGCAGGGAAUAGAUCGAGCUCGUGUCCAACCGAUGAGAGCAAAUCGUCCCAUAGCGACAACAGAGACAAUUUGGACAUACGAACGAAUGAUUCUUCGAACAAAUCCAUUAGCUGCCAGAACGGUGGUGAUUUGGCCGAGAGUUCUAACGCGCACAGAAACGAAUUGCAAGGUUUGCCAUUGUCGAGUGCCACCGACCUUGAUUCCCCAAUGUCCUACGAACAGACCAUCGAAGAUCUACCGGACUCCGGUUUUGUUAUUUGUGACAGUUCCGAUAAGAUGUUCACCAGCACAGAAACACCACAGAUGGCAUCCAACACUAAUGAUUCUGGUGAAUGGGUAAUAGUCGAAAGGACUGGAUCGAUUACGACUCCUACUAGCGAAUCGAGCAGUCCUAAAGAUCCUCUGGAAGGCACGGUGAAUGCUGCCAUAGCAACGGAUACCCCACAAUUGAGGUCGAUGUCGGAGAACGUUUCUAGAACCUCUUUGGAUCUCACUAUGGGGUCAACCGUAGAUACAGACACAUCUUGUAUUGGUGUUAGCGAUUUGACCGAAAGUCCUCUACUUCCCCAGGAGUCUGGAGAGAUGACGUUCGACGUCGUUGAUCGAGAUUUGGAGGAUCAUGAUGGCAAUGCUCGAAGGUCAGGCGAAGGAUUCGAUGGCCAAGCGAAUUUCAAUUUGGUCGAUUCCGGAAACAAUUUCUCGAACAUCUCCCCGAUACACGACCAGGAAAACGGGAAUCAGAAGAUUUGUGCCGUGAACGUAACGGACGUUCGUUUGAAUCAGAAACCCAGUGAAAUGGAACACGAAAUUUCCACGUGUUAUGCUCAAUUGGAUAAUACGAAAGCAUUCAACAGGAACGAGAAUCCGGCAAAGGAAGAAGUUCUUGGGGCAGAGACGUUCGAGAAUUCGCAAGGAGCAUCCAGGAACGUGGAGUUCCAACAGCAGGACAUCCGACGGUCUUUACAGUUGCACCAGAAGCCCCAUUUUCAAGGCGAUCGUCAUUCGUUCUCGAGCAAGUCGAGCAAGAACGAUCUUGCUUUAUCCCUCACCGACAAUAACAAACCACGUUGUCCGAGUCAGAAGCAGGAAAAGUGCCAAAGUUUCGAGUACCUAGCACGAAAGGAACCGGCUCAGAACAGUCAGCAGCACAAACAAUAUCAGCGUACCGAGGAGAACUCGAAAUGCAAUAAUCUGAAGAGUACUCAGCCACAAGAGCACAUCGAGGUGAUCCCGUCAGAAAACGCGGCGGAGCCCAGCGAGAUCGCGCAUCCACCCGAAGGCGCGUCUGAGACGACCUCCUUGAACUCAUCUUGCACCUUCUCAAACGCAUCUUCUCCGGUAGAUGAUUCCAUAGUCCUCCGCGAUACUGCGGCAAUAUUGCAAGAGCUGGCUUUGCAGAGAUUAUCGGGAGGAAUGGUGGGUAGCGACCUUACCAUUCCUCCAAGAAGAAGAUACGAAACCGAAAGCAGCAAGGAUCGCAGAAGUUUCGAUUCUGAGAUUGGCAGGGAAAUAGUCAGGGAACGAAAAAUGAGGCAAGAACUGGACACAGCUAGGGGAAAGUCUGAAGAGCCACCGUUGAAUUCUCAACAUUUACCGCCGUGCUUGAGAGCUCGCCAUGCGAGAGCUUCUAGAGCAUCUUUGAGCCGAUCGUUGGACGAGGCUAAAUUCAAUAAAAUGACUGAGAAAGCUUCUCUGCCCGUGAAACAGUCCUCCGAAGAUUCGCAGCAUAGUUCUACGCCCAAUGUUGGAACCGGAACGAAUGUGUCCUGUAACUCUGACAAAAUUCAGCUGAAGAACCUUAGUGGCUUAGACCUGGGCGAUCCCCAAUGCAGAGAGAGGAUAGAAAAGUACAAAGAGGAGAGGCGGACGUUCUUGAGGGAUAAGUAUAGAUCGGAAAGCUUCCGGGGAAUAUUGUCAAAGACGGAGGACGACGGGGACCAAGCGUUUUUGGCUAGGUUAAAACAGAGAACAUCUAGGCCCUCUCUUCAUUGAUAUUAAGGAUAACAUUUAUGAAACGGUCGAGUUUUCCGCGUGAAUUGCCUCCGUCGCGUCGCGCGGUGAAGUAUUCGGACGAAUAAAGUGAAGCUGGUGGUUGCACUGAUCGCAUUUAAUCCUUUGCACUCAGAGUUUAGUUCGAUGAUAAUAGAACUUCGGUUCGGUUUUUCUUGUAGAAUUCAGUAUUAUUACAUUGAAAGAUAAAUACUCUUACUGAUAAACAUAAAAAUGUUGUAUAUGAGUAAAUCGAAAAGAAAAAUGAAUAACAUUUGAAUAACGUGUGGUUUUGUUUAAACAAAUGACAAUUCGAUGCUUUAAAAUAAGAAAAAUUAUUAUAAUGGAACUUUUUCUCGAAAAGGUAAUCUCAGAUUUCAGUAUUUGGGUUUCAAUAUAAAUAAUUAUUUCUUUUUAUUUUAUUCGUAAUAAAUUUACUGGUUUUAAUUUAUCAAGUAUGUAAAAAAAUUGAUUUCGUUACUUUAAACUACAUUUAAUACAUCUCUUAUUUAUAAGCUGAGAUGUAAAGGAACAGACCUUCAGUGAGCUUGUGCCAUUUAUAAUAUUCCAUUGAAACGAGAACUCAUACUAACUUGUCCUUUAUCACUAAACGUAUCGCAAUCGGUCAAAUGAUCGGUUCUAAAAUUUGAUUUAAAAUUCUACAUUCUCUUUCCCUCAUUUAACUCCGUGUCAAUUCCUAUAUUGUUCGAUUAACUGGUUUUUCAAUUUUUGUCUUUCCUUUAGUUUCUGUUUCCACUAGAAAAAAAUUUAUCAUGCAACUUGUUUAUUUUUAUUUCGUAAUCAGUUAUUCGACUGGUUACUUUUAGAAUGGGUGUAGCUAUUUACAAAGUAGCCGUCCGUUUAGUGUUAUUUUAGUAUUUUCAAAAACUCGUACAGACUACUAUUACAUUGUUAUUAAAAAUUAAAAAGAAGAGAAACAAAUAACGUCUUAUAUUGAAAUCCAUUUAAGCGAAACUCAUGUUUGCAAUUGCAAGAAACUAAAUAUUAUUUUAUUUAUUUUGAAAAGAAUGAAUUCGCAAUUAAAUUGUAAUGGCGUAUUAGGGCAGAUGGAGAUUAAAUUUGUUUCUAUUUUAUUAAAGAAUGUUAUCACGAGCGUUUAGUAUUAUUUACAAUUUUGUUUUAAGAACUGAAGACUCUUAAACGUGUGCAUUUAUUUAUCAUGUAUUAUUAAAUAAUUAGAGUGCAAAUGGUUAAAGCAUGAUAAAAAUGAACGGAUUGCAAAAGAACGUUUGUUUUAUCGCUGUUGUUAACAGAACAGUCCGAUAGCUUGAAUGUUCUUAAUUAAUUAUUAAUUAUUAAUAAAUUAUUAAUAUAAUGCGUAUUAUAUUAUCCGAAUGAUAUGUAUUAAUAUUAUUUCUGUUAUUGUUAUUGAAUCUAUAACGAAUGAUUUUUUUUCCAUUACUGUUAUUGUUCCCAAAGAUGUUCUUCAUUAGAUUUUUACGUUCGUCGGCGCUGUUCUGUUAAUCGACUGCCCGAUUGAUCCAAAGUAUACCAGAAAGUUGUGGGUCCACGGAAUGGAGUUCGUUUGUAAAACCCUUUGCACACGAAAUUUCCUUUCUUUUGCCGCCAUUUUGGUGAACUUGUUUUUUGAAUGUUAUUUACGAAGUUAAGUUUUAAACGAACAAAUCUAUAUAAUACUCUGUAACGUUUAAACGGAACAAAAGAAAAUUUUCUGUAUGAUGAUGAUAAUGAUGAUGAAGAUGAUGAAGAUGAUGAAGU